AUGGAAGCGGUCGAUGUUUUGCUGAAGGGCUGGGUGGAGCGCUUGCAGGGCCUCCGACGCAUCCACUGGGGCACGCCGUCGGAGGAACCCACCAAGCUGGAGGAAUGGCUUUAUGUUGGUGGUAACUUGGCGAACCUCGGUCCCGGAGCAUGGGCAAAGUGGUUUGAAGAGCACCCAGAGGUCACGCAUGUGGUGAACUGUGCCUGCAAGGACGUGAAGUAUAGCGUCAAGGACUCGGUCUCGGUUCUGAAUCUCCCAGCUUUGGAUGAGGAGGGCUUUGAUCUCUUCUCGUUUUGGCCGAAGGUGAAGGACUAUACCCUGGAAGCCCCCGGGGUUCUCUUCCAUUGCCAGGCAGGGGUCAAUCGUAGCGCAACAUUGGCUCUGGCCAUUUGGUGUGUCCGGGAGCAGCGACCACUGCUUCAGGUGCUGGGCCAAGGGUUGCAAAAGAGACCGGGGAUGCUGCAGAACCGCAGCUUCCAACGGCAACUGAUCCAAUGUGUUCAUAGAGAAGGAGUCUUGGGGUCGCAGGAGGAUGUGGAUGCGUGGCAUGCUGAGAUGGACGGCUAUCAGAAGCAGGUGCACCGAGUCUUUGAACUCUUUGCGUCAGACGGAGUUGCCAACUUUGAUCUCUUUCAGAAGGUCAUGCAAUCUGUGAAAGAGAAUGCCGAGGAUCAGUGGAGGCGCAUGAUGAUGUACAGGCCUCUCGUACCUGUGGCUGGCGGGCAGCUUUCAGACACCGUGGACGAGGCCACGGUGGAAAAGUGGCUUCAGGCCUCCACGGAGAUCUUCCGGAAACUGCUGGAUCUGGUGGAAGCGACGAGAGUGAAGAUGGUGAGGGUCCGCGGGGUCGGUGACACUCGCCGGCGGAGGCAUGCCUCGGGCGAGUCGGAGCAGGAGCAGCUCACGAAAAAGCUGAUGCCGCAGCUGGUUCGCUUCGUGACGGAAGAUCAGCGAGCCCUGCAGGAUGCCUGCGAGCUCCUGACCUUCUUUGUACAGCAGCAUUUUCCGGAGAAUAAGGACCUGGCCGAUUUGGCCAAGAAGCCCUCACCGAAGCGUCUUUUCAAGCUGUUGCUGCAAACUCUUCACAGAGAAAUAGGAAAAGAGGGGAAAGAGUCGGAAGAGGACGAAAAAGAUGAUCGAGAUCGUGAUCGAGGCCACGAUCGAGAGAGGAGCUUCGAGGAGAGAAGACCGCGAGACGACAGGGAUGGACGAUACAGAGACGACCGAGACGGCCGAGACCGCGGACGCGACCCUCGCGAUGGCCGCGAUGGUCGCGAUGGUCGUGAUGGCCGCGAUGGUCGCGAUGGUCGCGACGGCCGGCACAACGACGGCCGGGACGGCCGGGAGGGCCGGCGGGACGAACGAGGGCGCUUCAAUGAUAGACGCGCUGACCCCCGAGGUCGUCGCCCUGGUGAGCGUUUGGCGCGUCCUGCGCGGCGCCCGGGAGGAGCUGCGGGAGGCCGCGAUGAGCGACGCGGGGAUGGCCGACCGCCACUUGGGCAGAGCUGGCAGAGCUUGUGGCGCUCGCAGAUGGCGAGCUUGAUGGGCCUGAUCGUCGAUAUCAAGGUGCCGCGCGGUGAAACCACAGACGCCGUCCCAGCCCCUUGGCCACACCCAAAAACGAUGCUGUCGCAUGCAGAUCGGCGAGAGCACGGAGAGGGCGAUGGUCGUGGAAGAGGCCUGGUGCAGAUGCUGACAGCUCCUGGUUCCCGAGUUGAGCCAUGA